AUGAUCACAUUCCUUCAUCAAGCACGUGACGGGGCCUUGGUUUUCACGAAUUUUGCAAAAAAUUAUGUUUACAACCACAGAAAAGGGCUCUCAACUACGGCUGGCUUCGUCGGGGGUCUAUAUCUCACCAAAACAUACAUCACGGAACGGCUGGAGGAGGUGAGGCAUAAAAUAGAGGAGGAAAGAAGUUCUAGAGACUGUUUGAAACGUAGAUUCCGGCAAACGCAGGAAGAUGUGUCGUACACGGUCCUCGCGAUGCUGCCGACCCUCGCAGAACAAGUGCUAGAAGAGAUGGACGUAGAAUAUCUGACGAAGGAGCUGCAGAAUAGAUCAAAGGCGCGCAAUUCACGACAAUUGCAACAACGGCCGCCGUCGAGUUUGGCAUCGAGCAUUGAGAUGGUCCAUGAGCACGAAACACGGUCGGAAGGAGGUCCCGCCGCCCAACGGGGAGAGAACUCGUCGUCGAGCUGGGUAGAGUCAUCGUCAGCGGUGUCCUCUCCACCCCGAGACGGUUCGCCGGCAGGGAUGAGGUCACCACUUUCUGCGUCAGUGACGACCAAUGGCUCGAGUGUGAAUGGGGAGGCGGCCUCUGUGGAUGGUUCAGCCUUAUCUGAAAGCUUCAUCAGUCCUUCUGUUGUAUCUGACUCUGGGGAUUCACGCACGAAAGCCGAGCUAUGGAACGAAACGAAGAUCCUAACGAUCACCCGCACACUAACGACGUUAUACUCAACAACCCUCCUCUGCCUCUUCACCACCAUCCAACUCACCCUCCUCGCCCGGUCCAAGUAUAUACACUCCGUUUAUCAACAAGAGCACGACGAGCGCCUUCGGGAGCAGCUCGCAUCGGAGUUUACUAUGAGUAAUAUUCUGCUAGGUGGCAGUAAGGGGUUGGAGGACUUGAUAUCGGGCGUCAAUGUGAGAGAGGAGGAAGUAGACGAAUACCAGAUCAACGAGGAGCUCGAGAACAAGUACCUCACACUCAGCUGGUGGCUUCUGCACGUUGGGUGGAAGGACGUCGGCGAACGGGUGAGGAGGGGUGUGGAGGAGGUGUUUGAUGGGGUAUCUCUGAAAACGAAACUAUCGCUGCUGGAUCUACAUCACCUCAUCCGCGACGUUCGUAGAAGGAUCGAACACGAAAUUACUUUUGAAGGCAAUGAGCGCCGAACAACAUUCCUAUCAACCCUCCUCCCACCAACCCCCGAAACAACACACCACGUCCUAAUCCAAGGCGGCUUCCCCCUGCACGCCUCAUACACGUCCUCAACCUCCUCCCAAAUAACGCACCACUUCACCGCUUCACCCGCUGUCAUCCCAUCCCUCACCACCACGCACCCAUCCGACUUCCUCCUCCCUCCCACACACAUCCAAGACCAAGACCCGGGGUUCACCGCGCUCAUAGAAGAAACGCGGGGUAUUAUCUCUUCACCUGACUUUGCCUCUGUCUUGGAGACGUGUUUGGACAGAGCGACGCAGGUGUUGUUUGUAGGGUUGGAGAAGAACGUGUUUGUUGAUACGGCUACGGCUACGGUGGAGGAUGGGACGAUUCCUGGGGAGGAGGAGGAGGGGGAAGUCCGGAUACGGCUGGCGGGUCUUCUCCCCGGCCUGGCGAGGUGGAGUUCGUUGGCGCUGAAUGGGCUUCCUAAUGAAUUGGCGGAUACGCUGUUGGAUGUUAGCCAGGUGGUGGCCCUUUCGGCCAUUCUAUUCGGCAGAUUUGAGGAGAGGUUUCGGUAG